AGCGCGUAAACCCCGGGGAUCGGAACGGAUCGGUACACAGUGAGCAUCCCUCUUCUCCAUCCAACUGCACUUUUAUUUUCCUCGAUGCAAUGAAUUGUAUGGCUAUAAUGAUCUCCACAAUGUUGCUUUCUGCACUUUUAUCAUAAUCCAUCAAUGGAUUAAAAGCGUGGAGGGAGAUGAAACCGACCAAUUAAAGAAGACGCAAGAAGAGGAUCAAACGAUCCAGGAGUUGUUUCAAACAGUAAUCUAUAAAGGACUCAAUUAGCAUAUGUCAAGAGGGCAUUUACAUAAGGGCCGUAUUUAAGCUGGUGUCUCAGAGCAGAGCCAGUCGCAUCCAGAGAGCACAAGAGGAGAGAAGCCGCAUAAGCUUGUGUGCUGGAGUGCGUAAGAGAGAGUAUUGGAUACACAGGGGACCGGAGCAAAGGGGAGUAGCCUGGAAGGUCGAGAGAGCAUGUGCUAAAACCAGAAGAGAGAGAAAGAGAGAGAAUCGGAUGUAAACACGCAUUGUCUGUCAAAGCCGCAAGCAGUGACUGCGCAAAACACUAGGGAAAGGGAAACCACAGGGGUUCUCCUCGCGGCAACUUUUCUUCGAGUGUCGGUGAUGGGUGCAGUCGGCGAGCUGGUGGGCAGCUUCUCUCACGGCUUGGAAAGCUUUGCGCACGGGUCUCAUUUCGUCCUCACGCCCCCCGGGGACUCCGGUGCUCCGAUGAACGAGCACAUCUUCUCCGCCGAGCGCCUGUCACGCAGCACUCCACCGGACCUGACGCAUCUGAAAGGGAUCCUCCGCCGCCGGCAGCUCUACUGCAGGACCGGCUACCACCUCGAGAUAUUACCGAACGGCUCGGUGCAAGGCACGAGAAAAGACCACAGCAGAUUUGGUAUAUUGGAAUUCAUUAGCCUCGCUGUGGGGAUGGUGAGCAUCCGUGGUGUGGACAGCGGACUGUAUCUGGGAAUGAACAUCAGUGGCGAACUGUAUGGCUCUGAAAAGCUGACAGCGGAGUGUGUGUUCAGGGAGCAGUUUGAGGAGAACUGGUACAACACUUACUCUUCUAACCUGUAUCGACACGGCGAGCGAGGAUCCCAUUAUUACGUAGCCCUCAACAAAGAUGGAACGUCUCGAGGUGGAGCUCGCUCUCGGAGGCACCAGCGUUUCACGCAUUUCUUGCCUCGGCCUGUGGAUCCAGAGCGUGUUCCUGAGCUUUACAAGGAGAUACUAGGUCACAGCUGAAGCCACUGAACCUCAAAUUCAACCCCCUCCAAAAAGCACCUGCAUGCUCCUUAUCCCCCUCGGACAAACCUGUGUCAGGAGAAAGCUGCUCAGACGAGGGGGGAAAGAGGCCCUUAUUUGCGGGCUGAAGUUGGACCAUUAGCAAGAGAUGGAAAGCCCUGGAUUGGAGUUGCAGGGACCAAAUGUCUGGAUAGUUCCUGAUGAACAGAUCCAUUCACACCUGCUGUUUGUAGGACACAAGGGAUUUUGGAUUAAAAGAGAGCACUGGUGGACUUCUUGCCAGAGGAUGAUGGAUAUCUGCUACUACUGAAAAUACUAAAAGGCUUCUGAAGGAAUUCUGUGAAAUGCUUUUGAGAUUUUCUUCUCUUCCAAACACUGGCAUGGACAAACAGGAGACAAACUCCUCCAAACAUAUCUCUUUAGGUCCUUUAAUUUAUGUUUUUGAAAGAUAUUUAUUUUAUAUAUUUAUUUAUUUUGAAAAUAUAUUUUUACAAGAAUAUAUGCAAGAUGUAACAGGAACGUCAUGAGAGCUUUAUUUUCUACCACUAUAGAGACAUGACUUUUAGAGACAGAACUACUGAAGAAAGUAUUUUUGGUGUUUUUGGUUGUAUGUGAUCCACCAUGGUGUCCCUCCAUUUUUGUUUAUCUCUCAUGUCAUUAAACCAGAUCCUUAAGAGCCUGAGAAUGUUCCAGAAUUCACUGGGGAAUUAAACAGUUCAAAUGACUGCAUUUCGUUGUGUCUGUCCUUUCAGUAGAAACAUAAGGUCACCUGUCAGAGGUGAAUGGUUAUUGAAUUUCUAUUUGGACGAAAAAGGUCGACUUUUAGGGAAACGUAAGCAGGGACAGCAGGUGUCUUCAGCUGUCCGAUUCUCAUUGAUCCCAUUGCCUUAAAUGAAAUCAAAUCACUUAAAAGCCUGAACUGUUAUGCUAAACAGUGUGCAAUAAUACAAUUUGCUAAAAAUGUUCAUUUCAUGCUUCAGGAUCUUUCCAUCUCUCUCUCUCUCUCUCUCUACCCUGCUGUUAAAAAGGCAGCACAAUGCUAAAAUUAAAACACAAUGACCUAAAAACAAUUUCCCCUCCAGUUUUCUUCUUGAGGCAACCUUCUCAAGUGACACCUCUGGCCUGCAGGAAGCCCUGCACAAAGUGGCCUUUUCUUUUGCUAAGUGUCUUUUGAAUGCCAUGUACUAGGAGCUUUCAAAUCUGUUGUAGAAUGCAGGAUUGUGGGGUAUACAUUUGCUGAGCCAGUGCAGGUGGAAGUUUUCUUAGGAAGCAUGAGGUCAUUUCAAGACAGGCAGAGUCACGUGUGGUCUGAAUCACCUAAAUUACACUGGCUUGCAAGUGCUUUGUGUUUUUCCCAUCUCUUAUUUCUUUUUUGUUUGAUGCUUUUCACUUCCUUUCCCCCUUACAGUUGUGAUUCAUUGGCUUUGAUGACACCUGAUGAGCUGGCUGCCUGUCAAUCUGACUGUCUGUGAGAGUGAGGCGACUGUAUGCAUGUUUAAGGAAGGAAAUGUUACUUUUUAAGUAGUGUAAGGGGAGAGGUGG